AUGACUAGCAUGCCUCAAACCAGUGUAGAACCUUUUCCUAUGAAAUUAUAUAGAAUUAUCAACACCUGCCAAACUGGUGAGAUAGAUUGGGCAAUGGAUGGGAAAUCCAUAUUAAUCAAUUUCCCAUCCUUUGAAAAAAGGUAUUUAGACUCCUACACAAAUCAGUAUUUCAAAAAAUCGCUGGAAAAGAACGACAAAAAAGAGACCAAAGUUGAAUUUAAUACCAAGCAAAUAUCGAGCUUCAUCAGGCAGCUCAAUCUUUACGGGUUCAAAAAGAUAUCGAAACUGAGAAAAAAACACGAAGAUGUGGUGAAUAGAGGACAAAUUGAUUUCCCGCAGACGACACGAAAAAAUCAUGGCAUGGUAAACAAUCCCGAGAUCAACGGCAACAAUUAUUUGCUAUUCAACAUUGAAAACGUGAUUUAUAAUGACAGCAAAUUCAAGAAGUCGAAAAGAAAAUUUGACGAUGAAUUAGAUUAUCACGAAUAUUUUCACAAACAUUUCAUCCGAGGUCAUCCCGAAUUAUUGGAGACGAUAAAAAGGACUUCCUUAAUGAAUAAUAACACCUCAAAAAAUGGUAGUUCUAACAAUGUAAGCGAGAAUGGUGGUCAACAUAUUGACGAUGCCCAUAAAGAAAACGGGAUCGAAGCUAGACCUAUACACGAAAAAAUCGAAUACUUGAAACCAAAUGAUGUUAAAAGAAGAAAGAUGCAAUCUUGCGAGCUGAUGAACCGUGAUAACUUUUUAUACAAUACAGCAGACUACAGCGCGUCUGCAAUACUUAAUUCGUCGGCAAACCAUAAUUUUUUGAUGAAUUCUUCGCCAAAAUACAAAAACAAUUUAAAUUUACCGAUUCUGAAGACAAACAAUUUUAAUCCAAAUUUUAUAUGCAAUAAUAAUUACUUAAAUUACAAUAAUUUUAAUUUGGUGAACAAUCCGGGUAAUUGUUGCGAUCCUAAUUUAAUGGUUUUAUGUUCUUCUGCUCUAGCUAAAAAAGAUUUCCAGCUGCCUAACAUCAACAUAAAUAUCAAUAUAGAUCAUAAGAAUGACAACAAAAUUAAUAACAAUAUUGGAGAUUUUCAAAAAUUGAGCCCCAUUGAGGUCUUCACGAGUGUUAACGGAAAGCAAAGUUUAAGCAAUUCUUCCAUAAAUAUGAAUGAGUUUUAUGACACCUCUUAUAAUAAUUUAAGCGUUAGUAAUGAAAAUUUAUAUGGAGGUGGGAAUUAUUUCGACAUAAAAUUAAAUUCAAAAGAUAAUUUUUUUAUGGAAAAUAAUAACUCGCAAAAGUUAUCUUCUUAUCAACAAAAUACGAUAUAUACAUCAGAGAAAGAUCUACCUAGUAGUGUGAACGUAUGCGCGAAUAUUGAUAUAAACCAUUUCAAAAGAACAGAUUAUUUUGAUAUUAAUCUAAAGGUUAAGUGA